AAGGGGAGAGACCCCGCCCCCCUCGAAGAGAGAAGCCGCAGCCCCUGCAGGACAGGGGCUUGGGUCGCUAUGGGUUCCACAGCGGCCCCAGAAGGAGCUCUGGGCUACGUCCGAGAGUUCACCCGCCACUCCUCCGACGUGCUUAGCAAUCUGAAUGAGCUGCGCCUGCGCGGGAUCCUCACUGACGUCACGCUACUGGUUGGCGGGCAACCCCUAAGAGCGCACAAGGCAGUUCUUAUCGCUUGCAGUGGCUUCUUCUAUUCAAUUUUCCGGGGCCGAGCUGGAGUCGGAGUGGAUGUACUCUCUCUGCCUGGGGGACCAGAAGCCAGAGGCUUUGCUCCUCUUCUGGACUUCAUGUAUACUUCAAGGCUUCGCCUCUCUCCGGCCACUGCACCAGCUGUCCUUGCAGCUGCCACCUAUUUGCAGAUGGAUCACGUAGUCCAGGCAUGUCACCGUUUCAUCCAAGCCAGCUAUGAACCUCUAGGCAUCUCCUUGCGACCCAUGGAGGCAGAACCCCCGAGACCCUCAACAGUCGCUCCACCAGGCAGUCCCAGACGCUCAGAAGGACACCCAGACCCACCUACUGAGUCUCGAAGCUGCAGUCAAGGUUCCCCAAGUCCAGCCAGCCCAGACCCCAAGGCCUGCAACUGGAAAAAAUACAAAUUUAUUGUCCUAAAUUCCCAGACCUCACAAGCAGGAAGCCUGGUUGGGGAGAGUUCUGGUCAACCUUGCCCACAAACCAGGCUCCCUAGUGGAGAUGAAGGCUGCAACAGCAGCAGCAGCGAAGAAGGAGCCACGCCUGGUCUCCAGAGCAGAAUAUCUCUAGCUAAUACCACCGCACGAUUCAAAUGUGGAGCUCUAGCAAAUAACUCCUACCUCUUCACACCCCGGGCUCAAGAGACUUCUCUGCCAACUUCUAAGCAGGCUAAUCCACCACCAGGAAGUGAGUUUUUCAGCUGCCAGAACUGCGAGGCAGUGGCUGGGUGCUCAUCGGGGCUGGAGCCCUUAGCUCCAGGGGACGAGGACAAGCCCUAUAAAUGCCAGCUGUGCCGAUCUGCCUUCCGUUAUAAGGGCAACUUGGCUAGUCACCGCACGGUGCACACAGGGGAAAAGCCCUACCGCUGCUCCAUCUGCGGAGCACGUUUCAACCGACCCGCUAACCUAAAAACACACAGCCGCAUCCAUUCUGGAGAGAAACCUUACAAGUGUGAGACCUGCGGCUCGCGUUUCGUUCAGGUGGCACACCUACGCGCACACGUGCUCAUCCACACUGGAGAGAAGCCCUAUCCGUGUCCCACCUGCGGAACCCGCUUCCGCCAUCUACAGACCCUCAAAAGCCAUGUUCGCAUCCACACCGGGGAGAAGCCAUACCACUGUGACCCCUGCGGCCUGCAUUUUCGGCACAAGAGUCAACUGCGGCUGCAUCUGCGUCAGAAACACGGGGCUGCUACCAACACUAAAGUGCGCUACCACAUCCUCGGGGGAUCUUAACCCCUAGGGGCUGUAAAAGCUGUAGGCUUGGUUUCCCUGAUGGUCUUGAUGAUAUGGGGGUGUGCUGGGCCACCCUGUGCUGACACCUUAAUUUCGCACUGAGGAAGAGCGGGGGUGGCAGAUCCUGGCUAGAUCUGCCUCUGUUUUGCUGGUCAAAACCUCUUCCUCACGAUCCAGAUUGGGUAGGUAGGGGCUGGGGGAAAAAAAGAGAGAAACAGGGGACUUGCUCUCUUUAAGGGAACUUCCCCCUCCUUUUCAAAUGGUUUAUCUGUAAAUAUAAUUUAUUGAGGCCUGUAGUUGGUACCAGGGCCUUUAUUCUGUUUGCAUUUCCGACUUUCUUUUUCCACAAGUGUGAUAAAAAAAGACUGGAAACGCAGAAGGGGGGGGCACCACUCUGCGGGCAGAGAUACCUAGGCUUGGCCCUCUCCUUUGGCUUGAGUGUCUUACAUUGUUUUUUUGUUUUGUUUGUUUUUUUCUUUUUUUAACGUUUCUUUCUGGAAUUGCCCUUUCUUUUCCUCUCUUUGUUUGCUUGCUGGUUUACCUCUCCAGUUCUAGAACUGGAACCUUUAGUUUUCCUGGGCCCAGCCCUGAGAACAUAUAAGGUUGGGUAAGGAAUCCUCUGGUAUUUUGGAUAAUGAAAGAUCUGUUGCAGGCCAGACAUGGAAAGAAACCUUUCAGCUCUUUGAGGGUGAUGGGAACCUUUUUUGAUGAACCCAAAGUGUAAAUAAUAAGUUCCUCCGGAAGGCUGGGAAGGCAGGGGCUGGAGUCCUCAUCAUCCUAAAUGAAAGUGGGUAGUCUUCAUCAAGAAGGCCCAGCAUCAACAGUCCCAUCGAUCUAUUCACCUGGGUUCAGAUGCACUACGUCCAUCUAUCAGACAAAGCCUGCCUAACCGUUUGCACUGAACCCAUGAUCUUCUCACCGGGACUGACUUCCAUAUCUCCAUAGGGAGAGACCUGAAGAUCCUUACUAGAGAUUAUGGGACCUUUUCUUCACUGUCCAGUUUCUGAGAAUGCUAUGACUAGAAAGAAUUAAUGACAUUCCCUGACUAUGAGUCUGAGGAAUCCCUUACUGCAUGAGCAGCUGGGUUUGAAUGUCCCCUGGGACUCAGUAUGCCCUUCUUCUUUGAAUGUGUUUUUUUUUUUUUCUUUUUUCUUUUUUGUGUUGGGACAGCUUCUGGCAAGUGUCCAGAUUCCAAAAAUUUUAUCUUUCAUGGUUGCUUGAGUAGAUUCUUACCUUAAAGUCUGAGUCUGAGACUCAGACUGCCCAUCCUUACAUUCCUGUCUGGGACCAGUGAAUGUACUAGGACUUUCCACGGGAGGAAAAGGGGGGCUCCCUUCUAUGGUGCCUUUGCAGUCCUUGGAGAUUAUUGCUGGAAUUACAUACUUAAAAUCCUUCAAAGCCUGGCUGAUGGAUAGCCAAAGGGCCCUUCCACUUGAACAAGUUACCAGAUAGUGAUACAAGGUUGGUUGAGGGCUGCAGUUUCUGGUGUAGAACAUGUAGAUAAAGAUGUCAGGGAUGGAGUCCCAUGGUUAGAUGGAGUGUCUGGGAUGUUAGAUAGUAUCUGGAAGCCUUGAUUGACAGUCCUGUUCCUGUUGCCCUGGGACCUAUUUGAUGUAUAGUACUUGGGUAAACAGCAAAACGACUUGAAUUUGUAGAGCAGAGACUCCUGAAUUAAGGCAGUCCUUGUGGCCAGCAGCUGAGGACAGGUGAGAAAGCCAUUCAUUCUUCCCGUUCCCAUUUGACUCCCCUAUCACCUGAAUGCAGACUUGAACUGUGGGGGUUGUGGGAGUGGUGACAACAGCAGAGAGAUUGAGAAGGCGAUUUGAUUUCUGUUUAGCAGACUGGCUGGGCACAUGGGAAGUGCCAGGGGUGAGGUGUUAGAGCCUGCAAGAUCAGAUCCUUGGAAUAAAGCAGCUCUUCUUUGUGCCAUC